UGAGAAUCCCACAUGUUUUGACCGUUGCCGGCUCUGAUUCAGGAGCCGGGGCUGGAAUUCAAGCUGAUCUUAAGGCUUGUGCUGCUCGUCGAGUUUACUGUUCUACUGUUAUCACUGCUGUCACUGCCCAGAAUACUGGUGUAAGUAAUGUACCAGAGGAUUUCUUUGCACAGCAGUUAAAGUCUGUGCUCUCUGAUAUGGAGGUUGAUGUGGUGAAAACAGGCAUGCUACCUUCUAUCGGCACAGUCAAGAUUCUUUGUGAGAUUCUCAGGGAGUUUCCUGUUCAAGGCAGCUUUGGUGGUUGAUCCUGUCAUGGUGUCUACAAGUGGGGAUGUGCUUUUCUGGUCCUUCUAUUCUUUCCACAUUUAGAGAGGUGCUCCUUCCAAUGGCUGAUAUAAUAACCCCAAAUCUGAAGGAGGCAGCUGCUUUACUUAAUGGUAUGCUAUUGGAAACAUUGGAUGACAUGCGCACUGCUGCGAGAUUGUUGCAUAACAUGGGCCCAAAGAAUGUACUUGUUAAGGGCGGUGACCUGCCUGAUUCUUCAGACGCCAUUGAUAUUCUAUAUGAUGGUCUUAAUUUCUAUGAGCUGCGUUCCCCGCUUAUAAGAACUCGUAACGCUCAUGGCACUGGUUGCAGUCUGGCAUCAUGUAUUGCAGCCGAGUUAGCAAAAGGCUAUCCAGUGCUCUCAGCUGUUAAGGUAGCAAAACGAUGCUUCGAAACUGCCUUGGAUUACAGCAAAGAGAUUGGUAUCGGAAAUGGACCUCAAGGCCCCUUUGAUCAUCUAUUGAGGCUUAAGAGUCAUUCUCAAGAUUGUCAUAGGCAGCAGCCAUUUAGUCCAAGUGACUUGUUUCUGUAUGCUGUUACAGACUCAAGAAUGAAUAAAAGGUGGGGUCAAUCUAUUGCUGAUGCUGUUAAAGCUGCCAUAGAUGGGGGUGCUGAUAGGGAAGCGGUGGCGGAUUGA